GGGUGCAGAGGGACUAGCAUUGGCUUGGAACUUACAUGGUCACAUGGGAAUUUAGGAUCAGUCUGAGAUUCAUUAAAAACAUUUUAAUUAUUUACGAAGGAUUAAGUUUUUGGAGUUAAUGAUUUGAGAGUUUGCUGGAGGUCAGAUCUGUGUGUCAGGAUGAAAUAGGCCGUUCGUCCAGGUUGGUUAAUGAGGAAUACGACAUAUACUGAACGUUCAGGAUCCCAACAAGACAGCAGGAAAGCCUCCACCAUCCUGGAUUCUAAUAUGAUGCUCAGGAAGGUCCGAUUUCAAGAUUCUCAUGUCCCUGAGCGAGUAAGUGAAAACACGCUGGUCAUGGAUAGUUUGAACCAAAAUCUUACCAGUGGACAUCAGUCUCAUCAAGUGUUCCAGAGCACUCCACUGGAUUUGAUUGAGACUGGGAAAGCCCUGAAGGUCCAAGCAGAGCGCCCACAUUUGGUCAGUCUAGGAAGUGGCCGUCUCAGUACAGCCAUCACCCUCUUACCCCUGCCUGAAGGCAAGACCACUCUGGGUCACGGAGCCAUGGACAUCAACAUCCAGGGCCCAGGGAUCGCAGCUCAGCACUGCUUCAUUGAAAACAAGGCAGGACUCAUCACGCUGCACCCCUGUGGAAACCAGUGUAGCAUGGACGGACUACCGGUCACCAAACCUGUGCGCCUGUCUCAAGGCUGUAUGCUGUGUUUCGGCCAAUCCGCCUUUUUCCGUUUCAACCACCCCGAGGAGGCUUUCCGAAUGAAAAGCAUGAUGCCUGAGGGAGCACAGACAGCCAGUGUGAAAAACUGGGCCCACACAGAUUCUGAGAACCUGAUCAAUGGGAACCACUCGUCAGGAGCGCCAAAAUCUCACUUGGUCUCCAACGAGAGAGUGCGCCCUGAGCACAGUGCCAUCGUCAGUUCCAUUGAGAAGGACCUUCAGGACAUUAUGGACUCAUUAGUCAUGGAUGACCCUCAGCCCUCUUCCUCUGAGUCAAAGAAGCCCUCUGGUCUGCCCAUCUCCCAGUCUCCCUUGUCCCCCAUGUUAAAUGGAGGGGGGCGCUUCCUUCUCUCACCCCCAAUGAGCCCUGGUGCUAUGUCUGUGGGCUCCAGUUAUGAGAAUACCUCUCCUCCUUUCUCUCCUCUCUCAUCCCCAUCCGCUGCCAGCAGUGGCAGCUACACCAGUCCAUCUCCAAGUGGUUGUCAGAACCAGCUUCACACGCUUCCUCCUGUGCCAGUGAGGUCUUCUAGUUACAAUUACACCAGCCAGCCACCCAUACCUCAGCCACGAACCAUACUGCCCAGCUAUUCCAGUGGCAACAGUGGGCCAAAGGUGCCUGAGAGUCCCAGACUCCAGCGAAAGGCUCUUUUAGAAGCACCUCCAAGCCCAAAGCCAAGUCGUUGUGGGUUGAACCAAGACAGCUCGGUGGCUAAAACCCCAGACAGCCCCAUACAGACUCACAUUCUGCCCUCAGUCUCAAUCUCUACUGCUCCGACUGAUCACCCAUCUGUCAGUCGGGUUCCAGUUCCAGGUAGUCCCAGACUGACCCCCAAAUUCUCAACCGCAUCCCCAUCCUCCUCGCCCUCUAGUCCUAGAACCAAAACUGCCAUUGUUCUCCAGGAUCGGCCCUCAAGUCCUUUCCGGGAGCAGCCUCAGCCAGAUCGCUCCUUGACCUCUAGCCCCUCUAAUCAACUCUCCCCACCCUCGCGAUCUUUCCAGCCCCCCUUGGACCCCAUUGUCCACAUCAUUCAGGGUGGACCUCCACACCCACAUCCUCGCAUAUUGCAGCCUCCAGAAAGUCCGCGGCUGGCCCGCAGGAAUCUUGAAGGGAGUAGCAUGAGGGAGCUUCCUCCUCUUAGCCCCUCUAUAGCUCGCAGGGGGGUUCCUGUGCUCCCCGGAGCUCUACCGGGAACCCUGCGGACUCCAGAGAGUCCAUCCCCAAGAAUGGGGCCAGAGAGUCCCAGACUCAGGCGGAAAGCAGGGUCUCCUACAGAGGAGCCAUUCAGCCCUCGUGGGGUGCGUGCUCGUAGUCCUUCACCCACAUCCGGACUGAUGGGGGAAGGCAGUGGACGGAAGGGCAGUUUUGGGAACUCGCUCUCUUCCACAUUCAGCCUGGGCUCUCUGCCUGGGUCAUCGCCCCGAUCCAGUCCUAGGAGCCACAGAAAGAUGUCAGCGGGCCACAGGGACCUUUGGAUGCCUCACCCUGGCAUGAGGGAGCGCAAAAAUAGCAUCACAGAGAUCAGCGACAACGAGGAUGACCUUCUGGAGUACCACCGGCGCCAAAGAGAAGAACGACUCAGAGAGCAAGAAAUGGAGAGGCUGGAACGGCAGCGACUGGAAACAAUCUUGAACCUCUGUGCCGAGUACAACAAGGGCGACGGGCCGGCGGGAGAUCUGGGUAGGAUGGGCGUCUCUGGGCUUGGCUCGAGGGACGGGCUUAACGUCAGAUGUCCUUCCUUGGACAGUGUGAGCAACGCUUCCCUAAGGGUGGUGCAGAGACAUCGUGAAAGCCAAGAGGAGAACCUAAAGGGAGACAGGAGUAGCACUGAGAGUGCGCAGCAGGACGGACGGACCCCAACAGCUCUGUUAAAUGGACAAAAUGGACAGGCAGAGGACUCUCUGGGAUCGGGCAGCAUUGGCCGUCUGGAACUGGGAUACCUGGAGGAGGAGCGGGUUCGAGUGCUGGCAAAGGUAGAUGAGCUCAAAGCUCGAAUCACAGAACUGGAGCAGCAACUUCAGGAGUCCAAACAGGAGGCGGAGAUGGAAAGAGCUCUGCUGCAGGGAGAGAGACAGGCUGAGCUGGAGCAAAUCGAGGCCGAGACAGAGAUUAUCAACCAGCUGCAGCGCAAACUCAGUGAACUGGAGAGCACCAUCCAGAGAGAGAAAGACAAGGAGAGGGCUAAUGUUGACGCGGAGCGGGAAGCCCUGGAGAGGCUUCAGGAUGGGUACAAUGAGUUGACGAGCCAGCUCCAUAACUGCCCUGAGUCUCUGAGGGAGCAGUUACAGGAACAACUCAAGAGGGAAGCUGAGACUCUUGAGGCUGUGACUAAGCAGUUUGAGGACCUGGAGUUCCAGCAGUUAGAGAAGGAGAGCAGUCUGGAGGAGGAGCGCGAGACCAUCAGCCAGCAGCUGCUGCAGGACAGAGCUCAGUACCACUGCAGCAUCGCCAAAAGAAAAGAAAAAGUUGCAGCAUUGGAAAGCCAAGCCAAUCAGCUGGGAAUACAGGCUGCUCAGGAGUGUGAGAGGCUGGCCAAAGACAGAAGUAUGACAUUGCAGCUGCUACAGAAGGAAAAGGAAAGGCUGGCCAAUCUGGAGAGAAGAUACCAGAGCUUAACUGGUGGAAAGACGUUCCCCAAAAGCUCCAACACUAUAAAGGAGGAGUACUUGAAGCUGUCGGAUGUUUAUAAGAUGUAUGGGAGUAAUUGCCAUGACAUCCAGCUCGCCAACGCUUCCUCACACGGCCUCUCGCUUGCUCUUGACCCAGCUGUAACUGCCCCUCGUGAGGAGUAUGUGACCGUCGGCCAAUUAAACCAGAUCUAUGGGAUGCCGAAGGUGGAGUCUUCCCCUACCUCACCCAUCCAAUUACUUCAGUCUUCUCUUGCAGACUCCGCCUUCUCCUGCCUCCCCUCCCCUCACAGCUCCUCCCUCUCUCUCUCCUUCGAGCGUCAGUCGGACUGGGGCAGGCCUCAGAUCGCUGCUAUAGAUUUAGAGCGCUGGUACCAGGAGGUAAUGGCAGCUGGAGAUGCAAAACAUCUCUGCCCUCCUCCUCCCCUCCCGGCUAAAGCUUUCUCAUCACGCAAGCCUGCGCAGGUGUACCGCUCUCGACUGGACAGUGAUACCAGCCAAUCGUCAAUUUCGAGACCGAAAAUCAGCGCCGGUCUGUCCCCCACAUACAUUACAGCUACACUGGGACGCAACACUCCUGCCAGGAGUCCUCUGAUGGUAGUCAACAGCACCGGGAGUCUCCCACGCAACCUGGCAGCUACCCUGCAGGACAUUGAGACCAAGAGGCAGCUGGCUCUCCAGCAGAAAGAAUUCUUGCCCUCCGUCUUUGAGUCGUCCUCCAGUACGGACAGUCCCACAGGCCAGCAGGUGAUUGAGGAGCAGCGGAGGCGUCUGGCCGAGCUGAAGCAGAAAGCUGCAGUAGAGGCUCAGUGCCAGUGGGAGGCGCUCCAUGGCUCUCAAACGCAGCUCAACAGUCCCUUUUCCUCCACCUCUGGGCCAGUCAUGCACCACUCCAUCCUGCACCACACAGCGCCCUCUUCUGGGGAACAACCUUAUGACACCCUCAGCCUGGAGAGCUCGGACAGCAUGGACACAAGCAUCUCCACUGGAAACAACUCGGCCUGCUCUCCUGACAACAUGUCCAGUGCCAGCGGUAUGGAUGCGCUGAAGAUCGAGGAGAUGGAGAAGAUGCUGAAAGAGGCACAGCUAGAGAAAGCUCGACUCAUAGAGUCCAGAGAACGAGAGACUCAGGCCCGUAAACUCAUGCUAGAGGAGGAGAGAAGAAGAAGAGAGGAGGCGGAGAAGAGACUGCAGGAGGAGACGGUACACAGACAGCAGUUGAUAGAGAAGGAGGUGAAGAUGAGGGCCAAAAACUUCUCUCAGGCCCGCCCGAUGACCCGAUACCUGCCCAUUCGCAAAGAGGAGUUUGACCUCCAUUCCCACAUCGAGUCUUCAGGUCACAGCGUGGACACGUGCUACCACGUGAUUCUCACCGAAAAGAUGUGCAAGGGCUAUCUUGUCAAGAUGGGAGGGAAGAUCAAAUCCUGGAGGAAGCGCUGGUUCGUCUUUGAUCGCCUUAAAAGGACGUUUUCCUACUACGCCGAUAAACAUGAGAGCAAAUUGAAGGGCGUCAUCUACUUCCAGGCUAUCGAGGAGGUUUACUAUGAUCACCUGCGCAGUGCCACAAAGAAAGGAUUUUUCAAUAUGAAUUUGACAAACAGCCCCAACCCCUCCCUGACCUUCUGCGUGAAGACGCACGACAGACUGUAUUACAUGGUGGCCCCGUCUGCAGAGGCCAUGAGGAUAUGGAUGGAUGUGAUAGUAACAGGAGCCGAGGGCUACACGCAGUUCAUGAACUGAGACAAAACCCACCGCUCAAAAUGGAAACCGUUCGGCAGGGAGACUUCAGAUGACCCAGACCUGUUAUUCCCAAUGAGAGGAAAAACUUUAUUUUGUUACUUCCUUUUUUCUUCUUCUUCUUCUCGUGUUUCCUGGAGAUGUUAUAUAUUCACUCAGAUGCACAGACAGAUAUCCACCAGAGGCUUUCCAUGUCUGCCUGGAUUGAAAAAGGGAGAAGACGAAAAGACCCGGUGAACCAAACCUGCAGGUGGUGGCUCACUCACCAUCAACGAAAAUGCCUUUUUGCCAUCAGAGAUAUUUUUUAGUUGCAGUUUAUCUUGUCUGGAUGUGCAGAAACUUGACUUUCAUUUCAGUUUGUCCCACGAUUUUUCUUUUCAAACAUAAUGGGAAAAAUGCCAAAUGCCAUCAAGCCAUUCUGGAAUAGUGUUGCGUUAAAUAUUUGAUGGGAUCGACCGACACGAAAUGAUGAGAGAAUAUAAAUUAACUGCAGUACAUUUAAAUGAUGUUUUAAAUUAAAUGGAGUAUUACAUUCACAUUUAAAGAUCCGGUAUCACAAAAACAAAGACUUGAUUCACCAAAGCUUACCAACCAGCUCAGGAGUCUGUAUUUAUUGUAGAGGGACAUCAGCGACUCCUGUCCAAGUGUAUCCCACUGCGUCUCUGUGUUCCCAGCUCAUUCUUUUAGAUACAGAACCACAAACGCAUGCACACACACACAUACCACGUACAACAGUAGAGUCUAUUUGCCAAGUCCUGACAACUUGAUCUUGAGAUUUGACUCCCAAGGGAGGCAGCCAUCACCUAUCACUGCCAGCCUACGAGAGUUUGGAAUAAUUGCCACAAACAGGAGAAAAAGAAACAACAUCAUAAUCAUGCAAGUCAUACAGUGCCUUGAUACUGACCCAUAUUUGUCACUCUUAGUAUCUGAAUUGUUACACUAGUGAAAAACAGCUGGAAUCACAGUCGUAAGGUGCGGUCACAUUAGCAGAAUUUUGAGGGUCAUAAAGGUCCUUUAUCAAUUGUUUUGAGAUGUAUGAAGUACAGCUCACACAGAAGUCAAAACAAGCAACUCUGUAAAUUCGUGUGAUCAACUUGAAGCGGUUUUGAAAUCUGCUUUGAAAUCAUGCAAAAUGCAGGUUGCAUGGAUGCCUAUUGAAAUUCGCCUGCGAAAAUUCACUGAACAACAGUAAAUUAGCAAACAUUUUGUGAAAAUACAUAGGCAAAAAAUGUCAAUUGUUUACUGUCAGUAGUGUAGCGGUGCAUGAACUACAGCUUACACAGAAGUCACGUUCAAAACAAGCAAGUUUUCCAGCUUUCUGUUGGUCAACGCAGUGAAUUCGCGUGACGGAUUUGAAAAUCGGUUUAGAAAUCGCUUUCACCAUCAUGCAAAAUUCCAGAUUGCAAGGAUGCCUAUUGAAAUUCGCCUGAAUUUCGCUUGCAAAAAAUUCACUAAACAACAGUAAAUUUGUGAAAAUUUUGUAAAAAAUUACGUAAGCAAAAAAAAAAAAAACUAAAUAAAUUGUCUACAGUCAGUAAUGUAGUGAUGCAUGAGGUACAGCUCACACAGAAGUUACAUUCAAAACAAGCAAGUUUUCCGGCUUUCUGUUGCUCAGCGCAGUGAAUUAUCCGACUUGAAUCAGUUCUGAAAUCUGCAUUGAGAAACCUUUCACCAUCAUGCAAAAUUCCCAAUUACAGUGAUGCUUAUUGAAAUUCAUCUGCGGAAAUUCACUGACCAACGGUAAGUUAGCAAAACAAUUGUAAAAAUUACGUAGGCAAAAAAUUACAAUUGUUUGCUGUCAAUAGUGUAGUGUGCAUAAAGUACAGCUCACACAGAAGUCACUUUCAAACCAAGCAGCUUUAUGUUGGUUGAAUUCACGUGACCAUCUGAACCUUUGGCGAAAUCUGCAUAGAGAAAUCUUUCGUCGUCACUCGAUAUACAUGGAUGCCUAUUAAAUUGACUGGAUUUUGCCUGCAAAAACUGGCUAAACAUCAGUAAAUUAGCAAAACAGCAGCAAUAUUUCUCAAGCCAAAAGAGGUCAAACCAAGCAACUUUAUGUUGGCUGAACUCGUGUGACCAGCUGAACCUGUUGCGAAAUUUGUGUGGGGAAAUCUUUUGCAGUCACAUGAAAUUCCAGAUCGUGUGGAAAUCUAAUUGAAUUUGAUUUACAUUUCACCUGCAAAAAUUCAUAAAGCAACUAUAAAUGUGACCGCACCUUUAUUCCAUGUGAUACAUCGUGGGUUUUACUGUUUUAAGAGAUUGUGAACAGACACUAAUUUAAAAAAAAGGUGACCUAUUUAAAUCAGUCCGAUACGGCUUUAAUACAAUUUAGGGGGCUAUUUAAAUGGUUUAGUAGCUCUUCAAGUAUUAUUGAUGUUUUACAAGCAGGCUAUUAACUAGUCUGUUCCACCUUGUGUUAGUUUGGGGAAAAUAAAAUGUUUAUUUAUGGUUAGCGAUGUUACAGCGACGACACUGUUAAAAAAAGACCAACAUUUUCUGCUUUCUCCCGAAACCAAUCUGUAUGUUGAAAUGAAAUCUACAGAGAAUUGAAAUAAACAUGAAUAAUUAGUCUUCA